AUGGGCCAAAACAAUUACACUUCUCUACACGGUUUUAUUCUGCUUGGUUUCUCGGACCAUCCCAAACUGGAGAUGGUCCUAUCAGGAGUUGUCACUCUCUUCUACUUCAUUACGUGGGUGGGCAACAUGGCCAUCAUCCUUGCAUCUCUCCUGGAUGCCCGUCUCCACACACCGAUGUAUUUCUUCCUCAGGAACCUAUCUUUCCUGGAUCUAUGUUUCACCACCAGCAUCAUCCCACAGAUGCUGGUUAACUUGUGGGGACCUGACAAGACCAUCAGCUAUGUGGGCUGUGUCACCCAACUCUACAUCUACAUGUGGUUGGGUUCCGCUGAGUGCCUCCUCCUAGCUGUUAUGUCUUAUGAUCGCUUCACGGCUAUUUGUAAGCCUUUGCAUUAUUUGGUCAUCAUGAACCCACAUCUCUGUCUCAAGAUGAUAAUCACAGUCUGGAGCAUUAGUUUGGCCAAUUCUGUUUUAUUAUGUACACUCACUCUGAAUUUGCCUCGAUGUGGAAACAACCUUCUGGACCACUUCCUGUGUGAGUUGCCAGCUUUGGUCAAGAUAGCGUGUAUAGACACC